GGCCUCUCUAACUAUCUCAAGUGUAAUUACUUAACAAUUCUGUAGUUUGUUGCUUACAUAUGUCCAGAUUAUCAAAAAAUACAUUCCCAACUUGAAUAUUUUGAAUGUCAAUCUUUAUCUAGGUCUUUGUGAGCCAUUACUUUCUCCUCCAACUUAAGUAGUAAACAUACAUAACCACUUGCCUAAGGAAUCUUGUACCAAAUGUUAUGAUAAUGACCGCAAACCAAACAGCAAGAAGUCAAAAAGCUGUUAUUGGUUGGAGAAUAAUGGAGAACAUAUGAAGUUGUGUGUGACUGAAUAAAAGAACAUCAAGACGUCAUUUUUCCCUAUCAACUAUCAUGGUUAUAGUUGAUCUUCCAUUCAUUAUCAGGUUAGAUGACCUCAUUCUACCGUUUGAAGUUGCAUUGUAAAUUCAAGUGGUGUAUGAUCCCCUUAAUAUGUAUGAUCCACUUGCCUAAGGAAUCUUGUACCAAAUGUUAUGAUAAUGAUCGCAAACCAAACAACAAGAAGUCAAAAAGCUGUUAUUGGUUGGAGAAUAAUGGAGAACAUAUGAAGUUGUGUGUGACUGAAUAAAAGAACAUCAAGAAGUCAUUUUUCCCUAUCAACUAGCAUGGUUAUAGUUGCCCUUCCAUUCAUUAUCAGGUUAGAUGACCUCAUUCUACCGUUUGAAGUUGCAUUGUAAAUUCAAGUGGUGUAUGAUCCCCUUAAUAUGUAUGAUCCACUUGCCUAAGGAAUCUUGUACCAAAUGUUAUGAUAAUGAUCGCAAACCAAACAACAAGAAGUCAAAAAGCUGUUAUUGGUUGGAGAAUAAUGGAGAACAUAUGAAGUUGUGUGUGACUGAAUAAAAGAACAUCAAGAAGUCAUUUUUCCCUAUCAACUAGCAUGGUUAUAGUUGCCCUUCCAUUCAUUAUCAGGUUAGAUGACCUCAUUCUACCGUUUGAAGUUGCAUUGUAAAUUCAAGUGGUGUAUGAUCCCCUUAAUAUGUAUGGUGGGAUAUUUUUGGUCCCCCAUAUAAGUUCUAGUUUUGGAAAGUAAGUCAACAACAAGAGGGGAUAGAGUACCACAUUAUUGUUAGAAAAGGAGAACAAAUCACAAGGAUUCUUCCUCGAGCUAUUGAGGUUGUUGUUGUUGUUGUGGGGGGGGGGGGGGGAGGUGAGAGAUGGCUGAAAUAGCUGUUUCAGCAGCGAAGGUUUUGGUUGAGACGGUUUUACAUGCACUCAGCCAAAUGCAGAACAUUCAGAAAACCGUUCAUGAUGGGGUGAAAGGUCUCGGUUUCUGCCUGCAAAGAUUGGAUGCCUACUUAGCAGACAUGGAAGGAAACGAAGGCAGUGAGCAACUCAGAGAACGUGUGAAAGAAGUUCGAGAUGUGGCAUUUCAUAUCGAGGAUGUUCUUGAGGAGUUCAUGUUUUAUGUACCCCAUAGAUUCCACAGGCAUACAAUUUCCUACCAAUAUGAUGAACUUGCUUAUGCUGCCAAGCUCUGCAAUCCGUUCAGUUCAGUCCACGAGUUGUUGUCCAAUAUAACAGGUGUUAAGGGAAUGAUCGAUAAAAUCGUAGCCUUAGAUAAACUUGGUUUCACAAGUAGUAGAACUAGAAUGGAAGAAGGCUCGACCUCUGGCCUGAAACCGGAUCAUCAACUGGCACCCAAUAUUCCGGGUGAUGAGGAAACAGUGGGCUUUGAAGAGCAUGAAGAAGCUAUUAUCCUUCAACUGACAGACCAAGAAUUGAGGGAUGUGACGAUCUCUGUGGUGGGUCUUGGUGGCUCCGGUAAAACCACAAUUGUCAAUAAGGUUUACGAGAACAAAAGAAUCUGGAGACAGUUUGAUUGUCGUGCUUGGGUUCAGGUGUCCCAAUCAUUCAAUAUUGAGGAGCUCUUCUGCAGCAUAUUGAAGCAAUUUUGUGAAUCGAGGGAGGAACCAAUUCCCUCAGGAGGAACCAAUACACAGGCUAAACUGCGGCACUAUCUUCAGCAAAAAAGGUAUGUUGUUGUUCUAGAUGAUAUUUGGAGGAAAGAACACUGGGAAUGGAUUCACACAGUUCUUCCCCAUGGUUCCAGUUGCAGUAGAAUAAUUGUCACCACUCGAAACUUGGAUGUAGCCUCUUUUUGUGCAGGCUCGGCCCAUUUUAUCCAUAACUUAACUGGCUUAUCAUGGCCAGUGGCCUGGGACCUAUUUUGUAAAAAGGCUUUCCAAACUACAAAUGGACAAUGUCCUCCAGAGUUAGAGGACUUGUCUCAAAAAAUUGUAAAAAGAUGUGAGGGUCUACCCCUUGCAAUUGUGGCAGUAAGUAGACUGUUGUCAAAGAAACAAAAGUUCCCAUCAGAGUGGAGGAAAGUGCAUGAAAGCCUUGGAUUUGAGAUUGGAACCCAUUCUGAUCUUUCAAUCAUCAGUAAAAUAUUGCUCCCCAGUUAUACGGAUCUACCAACCUAUCUUAAGAGCUGUUUCUUGUACUUUUGCAUUUUUCCUGAGGAUUACUCAAUUGAUUGUGGGACGCUAGUACGCUUGUGGAUAGCUGAAGGAUUUGUGUCAAGAAAAGGAGGCAAAACACUGGAAGGGGUUGCGAAGUAUUACCUCAAUGAACUAAUUGAAUGGAAUUUGGUUCAUGCUAGUAGAUUAGAUUUUGUUGGACAAGCAAGAUAUUGUCGAGUUCUAAACCUUGUGCAUGAGUUUAUCAAUCGGAAGUCUGAGGAGGUGAAUUUUUUUUCGCAAAUCGGAGAACUAGAUGCAAGUUCAAACAAGAAUGUCCGGCGUAUUUCUAUAGAUAACGGUUGCAUCAAUUUAGCACAGAUUAGAGGUUUGAAUUAUGUUCGUUCUGCUUUCUUGUUCAAGAAAAGCAAUCUUUCCGCUUCAGCGAUUGAACACGUACUUCGUGCCUUCAAAUUAAUGAGGGUUUUAGAUUUGCGUGAUGCACCUCUAGAUAAGUUUCCAGAAGCUAUUAUUCUUCUCAACCUUCUAAGAUACCUAUGCUUGAGGAAUACUAAGAUAAAGGAGAUUCCAAAUUCUAUAAAGAAGCUCUCGCAUCUCGAAACUUUAGACCUCAAGCAAACUAAAUUGACUAUUCUGCCAGAGGGUAUCUUACAACUUCGUAAUCUUCGUCAUCUUCUGAUUUAUUGGUAUAACAUCAAGAAUUAUGUGACAUGGCAUUCCGUGGUUGGAGUAAAGAUAACAAGAGGAAUCAGUGCUUUAACUAACUUACAGAAGCUGUCACUUAUCAAAUCAGACAAGCACCACAAAAUUGUAAAAGAGUUAAAAGCUUUAACCCAACUGAGGAAGCUGGGGAUGGUAGAUCUCAAAAGAGAAGGCGGAAAGUAUUUGUGCGCAUCCGUUGAAAAGAUGGUAGACCUUUCAACACUUGAUAUUAGGUCAACCAACAAAGAUGAGUCUCUGGAUUUAGAUGAUAUGCAAAGUCCUCCUCUCCAUCUCUGGCACCUUUAUCUGAAAGGACACCUACUGCAGUUCCCUAGGUGGAUUUCCAAACUUGAUAAUCUGUUCCGAAUUGGUCUGAAGUGGUCAAGAUUACAGAACAGCCCACUGGACGCCCUUCAGGAGUUGCCCAAUCUGUUGGAGCUUGAAAUGGUUGAUGCUUUCACGGGGGGAGAGUUGGUAUUUGAAGCUGGAAAGUUCAAGAAACUAAAGAUGUUACAUAUUGAACAAUUUGAGCAGCUGGAUACAGUGGUGGUAGAGGAAGGCGCGAUGCCCAUGCUUCAAAGACUCUCUCUAUGCAAAUGUGUGAAAUUGGAGAUGCUUCCAUUAGGGAUCGAUAAACUUACUUGGAUUGAAAAGUUUGGGCUGUAUGAUAUGCCCGUCGAGUUCACCAAUCGACUUCAGAAGACUCAUGAAGAUCAUGGGAUGGUACGCCACAUCCAGUCCAUCCAAUCUUCUGUUCUUCAACCCGACGGGUCGUGGGCAGUGGAGAAUCUUUCUUGAUUCCUUUCACAAUAUUGUAUGCACCCAUAUCCAGUUAGAACACACCACCUGGAAAAAAGAAUGAAGGGACGUGACUUUACCCAUCCUACUUGUUUGAAGGAUUCUUGAUUUGACGACAAAUCGAUUUCAUAUUUGUGGUUUCUAUACCGUGACCAUUAACUGGGGAAGUGGUGGCUUGUUGCUGGACCGGACAACAAGUUGACUUGCCUUUUUAGUAUAAAGAAGGAAGCAAUGGUACACAUGCUGUGUGCUAUAGUUGACAUGUUACGCAUUGUUAUGCAUGUUACGCAUUUUUGGGGUGUGGUUAUCAGCAGCUGGAAAUUCUCAAAGCAGUCGCCAAUCGGGAAGAAUAAUCUCUUAGAUUUGAAAGAGGCGUGCUAGGAGAGUCUGCUCGGUGAUAUUGGCGCGACGAAUAUGCUUGAAAGGCUUCGGAAUGCUUUGUCUGUAUCAAUUGCUGAAGUUGAAGGAAAGUGGCUUUGCGCUAUCUUUGUGAAAUUUGGGCAGAUAUUCAUGAUUCGAGAUGGUUUCAUUUCGCUCCUGCGAUGUGCGGGUUGGGACUUGGGAGCUUGUGGCUGCAAUCUCCCAUAAAACUUCUUUCUUUUAGAACUCGUGUGUCCUGGUCAAUUUAUGCAUAUCUCGACAAAUCCUAGGAACCGAUCUUAUUGUCCACUUACGGAGUUUCAAUUAAAGUUGGAGAUUUGUUUGUGUAUGGAUGCGCACCUCAACUAGGCAACAUGUUCACCAUUGUUGCUGAUUUUUUCCAACUUUUUGUGUUGUUUUAGAUUUUGUUUUGUUUGGCCUCAUGGGCAGGUAAUCUGUUCCUGUUAGAAUAUUUUCUUGUUGCUAAAAAAACAACGAUAAAAAUUUAACUCUAUUGCAUUCUUCUAAACUUUAUUCUU